AUGUCCGACGACCUAAUGGAUAUUGAUCCUCCUCAGAACUUCAGCCAUUUGUCGCCUGAGAAGAAGAAGCGAAAGCACAAAAUCAAGGAGCAAUCGCCGUCCAAGAAGCGGAAACAUGCAGCUACUUCCAAUGACUCGGAAAAGAUAGCUCUGGAGUCGCCAACGAAGAGCAAAAAGGACAAAUCUCAGAAAGCGACAAAACACAAUGUGCUUGCUCUCUCCGAGACAGCCAAUCUAGACCCCGAAUCUCCUUUCCGUCUUAUCAAUGCGACCAUGUACUUGCCUCUCUCGCCAAUCUCGAUCUCUCCGACUCAUGCCUCGGCCUCGCUGGUGGCAGAGCAUCUUGCGCCGCUGCUCUUGACCUACUACCCGCCUUUUAAAGGAAUCGUCAUGGCCUACUCGAAUGCUUCGAUAUCCAGUCAGCCUCCGACUGCCACCCAAUUCAACCCUAGCGACGUCAAUCCGAAGCCGCUUACCCUCGCUUUGACGGCCAAUGAGUACGGCGUUCUCUACCUCUAUGUCACAGCUACGUUCCUGGUAUUUAGCCCGCAAAAGGGUCAGAUCCUUGAGGGUUGGGUAAAUGUGCAGUCCGAGGGCUUCCUCGGCGCAGUUGCCCACAAUCUCUUCUCGGUCGGCAUUGAAAGAAAACGACUGCCUGCAAACUGGAAGUGGGUUCCUCCGGGCGAAGACGGAGACGAGGAUGAAGAUGGCACUGCCCAGACGACUCGCACAAAGGGGACUGUUGCCUCGGCGCCGACAUCAGGCGACGAGGACGACUCCAACAAAUCUUCCGACUUUGACCCCGCCAAGGAGCAUUUCACGCCUCUCCCGAAACCAGUCACCAACCCUAUUGAAAUGGAAGAGGCUGCCGUGGAUGGCCAGGACGAGGAUGAUUUGAAUGCCACGGGCUACUUUGAGAGUGUCUCUGGUCAUCCGGUUCGGGGAACAAUCCGCUUUCGAGUGCGCGACAUUGAUGUCAUCCCCGGUGCAGAUCCGGACAGGGGAUUUAUUAGCAUUGAAGGCACAAUGCUCACCCCGGAAGAGGAGGCGCAGCUGCAAGAUGACUCGUCGCGACAGAACCGGGCAACUUCAACUUCAGCUUCAAUGACUGGCGCCGUCGCAGUAGCUGCCGAUGUCGUUCAAAAUAACGAUGCGCCCAGCCAUACCGAAAGGGAAACUAGUUUGAAGAAGAAAGAAAAGAAGGAGAAGAAGGUGAAGAAAGAGAAAAAGAGCAAGGAGAGAUUUGAACAUAUACUUUUUAUGGCAUGCAAUUAUUUGUCUGAAAAUGAAUCAGUCUAUCUAUUAACGUCCAUUCGUGAUCCGAGAUGGUGGGCAUUUCCGGCCGCAGCAAGGCCUGCGCCAACUGCAAGUCGCGACAUAUCAAAUGCGGUAAUAAUCAACGUCCUUGCAUCAAUUGAAAUGAUACGCAGACUAACAAGAACAGACGAAACACGUCCAUCCUGCAACAGGUGCAAAAAAGCUGGCCUCCAAUGCUGCGGCUACAUACGCACAACGCAGUUUGUCGACGAAACGCAGUGGACUCGCGGCAAACAUGAAUCAGCGUCAUCUUCAUCCUCAUCAUCAUCCGCAAUAACGAUACCACGGAGGGGGACUACCAACACGCAUUCUACGUCGCUGUCAUGGAGCGGCGCCGACCUCCCCAAAAAGCUGAACCCGCUUGUCAUGGCAUUCCUAAAAGGCGCCUUUAUGUCCCUCAGCGUCGACUUCACCUCGUGGCAUUACAGUCCCGCAGAGAGUGCUGCUGCUGUUGUCAGACGGCCGUAUCUGCCGGGAAUUACGCUGCAGGCGCUAGCGCUGAGUUUUCAUGGGCGAAUGAAUCGGAAUAAUGCGAGUAUUCGGCAGGCGGUUGAGCUAUAUGGGUUUGCGAUUCGCAAUGUUCGCACGGAUCUUUUGAGCAGGUCGACGGCGUUGUCGACUCCGUGGCUGAUUUCGUCGAUUAUUAAUAUGGUCAUGUAUGAGUGGGUUCAAUCGACAAAUUCCGAAGCAUGGAAAUACCAUGUCCGAGCAUUAGCCCGAAUCAUCGAGUCGCGUGGGCCACACGCUUUCAAACAGGGAACUGAAAGACGGUUAUUUCUACAGGCGAGAUCGGUUAUUUUGGUCCUGGCACUUGAAGACCGGAAAAGGACAUUCCUUGCUGAGGACUGCUGGCAAACCAUCCCCUGGUCUGACGCUCCCGAUUCAAAAUCUUAUAUCAACCAAUUCGUCGAUAUUAUUUUGUGCAUACCUUCUAUAAUGGAAGAUCUGGAUUAUUUCCAAAAAAUGGAAUCUCCAGAAGAAAAACUCCGCGUCUGUGGUGAGAUUACGGAGGCAAUAAAAUCAAUAUCCAAAAGACUUCUCGAUGCGCGCUUCGACUGGGAAAUACUCAACCCCAACGUCGCCCGAGAAACCGUUCCGCUAAAGACCUCUGAGCAGCCAUAUUCGCCAGUCGAUGAGAAUGGUAAUUUACUGUUCGACAGUUUUAUUUACUACAAAAGUCUUCAGCUGUGUGUUGAAAUGGGCAUUUAUUUUUCAAUUGUAUUCUUCCUUCGCAGUUUUAGUCUGGUCGUUGGCGAGAAGGAAAGUAUCCUUGAUACACCGAUGACGCUUUCUAAUCCUAGGAGGUCGAAUAUAGCUCUAAAGCUUCCUCAUGAGUUACCUUCAUUUCGGGAAAGUGCGAUUGAGAUUUGCCGCUCGGCUGAGUAUUAUUUGCAGCCUGGGCAUGGAAUUACGGGGGCUUAUUUCCUCUUGUUUCCGCUGCGGGUGGCGCAGUAUGCUUUUGAAGAGGAAAGGGAGGGGGACUACGCUAUAGUUAUGUGGAUGCGCAAGGUUAUGAAGUAUAUUGGUGAUGAGUUUGGGUUCAGCAAUGCGCUUCGGUUUGCUGUGUCUGAUGCUGAUGGCUCUGGAGGGAGCUAG